GGAACAAGCAAACGGGAUACCUGAAUGUUAAAAUAAUACCUUCUGCUCUCUCUGAAGGUACGAGCUAAGUGAGAAGAUGCUGGCUGCGUGCAACGUUCUCAAAACUCACCUCAGUGACCCGAAGGCUGUGAGCAGUAAAGAUGUGAGAGCCUGUCUGAACACGGUGCAGCAUGAGUGGUUUCGUGUGUCCAGCCAGAAGGCGGCGGUGGCAGCCAUGGUGGAGGACUACCUGACGGCCUUCGGGGGCGUUUCGACGCCCGUGCUGCGGCACAUAGUCAACAUGGCUGACGGCAACGGCAACACGGCGCUGCACUACAGCGUGUCGCACUCCAACUUUCAGGUGGUGAAGAAGCUGCUGGAUGCAGGUGAGAGUCAGCAGAAUGAUCCUGUGAAUCUGAAAUAAGUAAAGCAACAUGUCAGCAUUGAGGACAAUUGUAAAAAUGCAGUUUUAAAAAUCUUUUCAUCUUCACGUGCAUCAAGUUCAGUGCAUCAUAUCAAAACCUUCAUCAGGGCUCCUAUGUUUAGUGUUCGAGUUGAGUAAUAGGUUGAAAGGAAUUCCUGUUGUCUAGUUACAAUGUUUCAAAGCCUUCCUAAUCCAUCAAAGCCCUGAGAUUAUCUUUGUUUUGCUUAAAAUGUGACCAGUUUUGUUUUCCUCCCCGCACCACCUCAUCAGACCAACAGAAGCUUUUGUGUUUUUCCUCCUCCUGCUUCUUUCCAUCCUUAUCUUCCUCUUUAAGAUAUCAGGUUGCUGCAGAAAGCCAGCAGUAACUUGCAUACUUAAAGGCAUGUAACUACACUGAUUUUCUCUCUUCGUCAGCUGCCUACUGAUCCAGAGUGAUCCACUGCAGAUUGCUGCACUUUACUCAACACUAACAUGCAUACUGCCAGAAUCAACACUUACUCUUUAUAGUAAUAAACUGUAAGACUGUAAGUGGUGGUAAAUCUGCAAGUCAAAGACAAAAAGACACUCCUUAUAACUAGACAGAUACAGAUGACAGGACUUCUUCUGUCUUCACGCACAGAGUCAGUUCCAUGAAAAGCGCUCUAUAAAUAUAAUGUUUUUGUAGUUGUGGAAUUGCAACUAAGUUCAUAUAGUCAAGUACAAAUUUAAACUUGUACUUUACUUUUCAUACUAUUUUCUACUUCGACUCCACUAUCCCACAUGUCAGAAGGAAAUAUUGUACUUAGAAAUUAGCAUUUCUGCAUACAAAACAUGGAGAACUAAUAAAAUGUUUUAUUAUAAAUUAAACAACCGAACAGUUUAUACUAGUACUAUUGUGAUAAAGUCAUUUUUCAUGUAAAAACAUUUCAUGGUUCCAGCUUCACGCAUUUGAGGAUUUGUUUUUCCUUUUUAAUAAUUUUAAUAUAUUUUUAAAUAAUUUGUAAUAAUAAUAAUGAGGUUUGGACUUUUAGUUAGACAAAUUGACAAAUGUUAAUUUAAGUAAAGGAUCUGAAGACUU